UGGAAUGGCGACAACAGCUGCGAGAGACGACAGUUGGAACCUUCACGAGGUGUCUCUCGGGAGGCCGCCCCCCCCGCGGUCUGCGAAUCCAACAAAACCACCCAGAGAUGUCGCCGAGGAAUGCACUUCUCUUCGUUUUUCAUCCAGCCGGAGCUGUCCGUCCUGCCCCACAUGUCCGGCAACUCCUCCUAAGGGAAGGCAACGUCGAGGAGAACCCGGGCCCUAUUUAUUGCCCUGGCUGCUCUAAGACGAUCCGUCAUGACUUCAUCCCGCUAGUCUGCAUCGCUUGCCGACGGAGUUUCCACAGGACCUGUAGCGGCCUGACCCGAGCACAGAAAAAGAGUCAUCAAGGCUUUCUCUGCGGAUCCUGCCCUGGAAAUGCCGUCGUGCCAUCACCUACGCGUUCAGUCUACGUGGGACCGAAAGUUUCACGACUCGAGGACCCAACACCUCAGCUACCUGGCCUCAACGCAAUUCGUCAAGAUCGUGAAGGCUCAGGCACAAAACUACAACGAGACGGGGGUCUUCUUAUCUACCUGAGAUCCGGCAUCCCCUACUCCAUUCUUCCCUCGACUCCCUCAGGUUCCCUCGAACUCCAACACCUGCACAUCCCCAUCGCCCGUAGGCGUCACCUCUCCCUUGUGAACGCCUACAUCCCCCCGGUGACAUCGGAACAGUGUCAGAUCCACCAAGACUCCACCUGGCUUUCUACAGAAAAGGGCCUUAUCUGUGGGGAUUUCAAUGCACACCACACGGCCUGGGAUGAAUUUGCAAAGGCAGAUCCCAGGGGUAAUGCCAUUCACCAAUGGGUCGACAAUCAUGACAAAACUCUCCUUAAUGAAUUAUGUCAAUGUUUCACCCAAUUCUUGCUUAAACUUGAAAAAAGCCUGGUCUGAAGAAUGCAAAGGGACAACU